AUAUAUAUGAGCUUGUAUUAUGACUUCUUUAAGUAGAGGAGCUGAUGUUGUCCGCUAAUUGAUCUUUUGGCCUACUCAUGAGCUUUUGGAAACUGAACCAAAAAUAUUUGUUGAUGAUACCACGAAGACCCUAUGAAAUGGCUUUAACUGUAACUUCCUAUAAGAGAUUUGCUGAAAACUUGCUUAUGACUUCAGGGUGAUUUUUCCUCAUUAGGUGUCGACUCUAUUGGCCCCAUGUAUAGGAUGAGGAGAGAGUACUGAAACGAUCAGAUGCCAGUCAGGCUCCGGGACGUGUCCCUCCCAGCAUGAGUUCUAUGUCCACUAAAGAGAUGGACCAGAGUGCCCACAGCAGCAUUGUUCUUAACAGCACAAGCUGGAAACAACUCACAUGUCUGUGUACAGAACCGUGGACGCGUAAAUUAUGGUAGAUUCAUUCAACACGGAGCAGUGGAAGGCGGCAGAUUACUGUUACCUGCAGUACGAUGACAAAAGGUCAAGUGAAAGCAGGCAGCUCUGAAGAGUACGGACUCCAUGCUUCUGUUUCUGUGAAGUUCAAAACUGGGCCAAACUAAUUCCUGUCGAUGGAGGUCAGAAUAGUGUCAACUCAGAAGGGUCAUGGGGCAGGGGUCUUGGGUCCUAGAAACUUGUAUGUCUUCAUCUAGGUGGGGUCACCCAGGUGGAUGCGUGUCAAUUGAGUUGCUUACUUAAGAUGUAUGCGUUUUGUCAGAUGUAAGUGAUACCCAAGUUCAAUACUUAAAAGAAAAAGAUGAGUCACAGAGUCCCUGGCUCAUGGUCUGGUAAAAGAGAAAAAUGCAAAGGGAAUCAUUUCCCUAGAAUGUAGUAAGUGUGGUCAUAGAGGCACACACAACGAGGAGAGACAGAGACAAGUAUGGGGCUCAGGGAAGGAGGAAGAGGAGAGAGAAAAACACACAGAACUCUUGGAGAGGGGCAGGACACUUCAGGAGAGGGACAGCUCAGUGGGUCUGGAGUGGUCCAUGCCACUGUCACACCAGUGAAGCUGCUCUACAGCAGGCCACUAAAUCCCAGGAUCUUUCCCAGCUUUUCUUCUCUUUGAUCUCCAUGGCAUUUUGUUUUUUCAAUGGCUUUUAUUUUUGGAAACACUCUUGCUUAGCCUCAGAGACAUUUCCCAUUGGUUUUUUUCUUCUCACUCUUGACCAUUUCUUUUUGUUUUCCUUCCUGGUUCCCUCUCCCAGUCCUGCCCUUUAGAGGCUGCUGUCCCACAAGGGCUGACUGUGUUGUCUUCCUCUCUCAUCCUGUCUCUGGGCAGCCUCAUCCAUCCGUGUCCACGGUUUUAGCUAACCCUACCUCCCCUUCUGCCUUCCCCCAACCCCACUGCCCUAAUGUUGUUGACUACGAAUUUGGUAUCUCUGACCCGUAUGUCCCCCAUUACCUUAAGAAUUGCAUUUUACAUCCCAAGUGGACAUGACUACUCAGAUGUCCUGCAGACAGUCCAAAAUUUCGUAUUUCUAAAACUGGACUUUUCUUCUCCCCUGCUCCCCAAAUGUUCCUCUUCUUGUUCUCCCUCAUCCUGCAAACUGUCUUGAGAGCUGUCUUUUGUCCCGGGCUCAGCUGGGUGGUCUCUCUCUGCUCUUUGGCCCUACCUUCUGUGCACACCACCAUAGCACAAUUCAUGCUCAGUUCAAAGCAGGGAGCAAAAUGGAAGCAGCCACUGUUGUGUGUCUCCACUCUUAAAUGAGGCGCUCCCAAGUGCAAGGCUGCAGGGAUCUUUGGAAGAAUGCUUGGUGGAAUGCGAUGAGGCUUACAUUCUUUACUGGCAAUUGCCUCAGAGUUUUCCUGUUUUUUCCCGUAGCUCUGUGUGGACACUGGAAUUAUGAACCUGGGAUUAGUCUGAUGCAGUGACAGAAAUGUAACUGUUGACUUAGGCAGAAUGGGAACCUACUGAACAGUCUUGGAUUCAACCUGGGGCACAAUUGAAUCCCAGGCCUUCGAGGACGGUGUCAUUCGGAUUUGGCCUCUCCCUUUCCCUCUGCCCUCUGUAUCUCAGCUUUCCUACCUGGUAGCUUUGCUCUCAGAGGGGAACCUGAAAGCUCAGGACUUACUUGAUCUUUAUGGCUGGCAGUUCCAGCAGAAAGAGGAAGAAGCUUCUCUUCAUGGUAGCAUCUCUGCACCCAGUUAGGAUCAUGCUCCCCGCUGAGCCAAUCACCAAGGCAAGGCAGGUGGAAAGCUCCUGCACCCCGCCAGGAGUUUGGUGUCCAGCCAACCCUCCAAAAGCCUGAGUCUGGGGUAUAGUCAGGCCCACAGGAAACCUGAGGGACUGUUAGCAGAAGAAGAGGGAACUUAUGCUGGCCAAGCAAAACAGCGCUUGUGCAUCAGAGGCCCUCUUUGAGGAGGCGUGGGAGACACGGCUGUCUGGGCAGGGUUCGAAGCUGGCGACACCAUGCUCCAGGCCCAGCCUGGGCCUCUCACUUGCGACUUAGCCUUAGGCUCACUCCACCUGGGGCUGUCCUCCUGUCAGCCCUACACUUCCUACUCAAUGGGUCAUUGUCAGGUGAACAGGACUAAUGAAAGGGAGCCUCUUCACCUGCAUUUUCAAUUUGCCCUCUGUCUUUACCUGCCACAGCCUGUGCUGUGUCAUGGGAAUGAGGAAGGACAGUGCAGCAGCCGGUGCUGGCUGGUCUGUGUGAAUCACCUGCAAGUCAUGCAGAACGAUGUCGUGGCAGGGUCAGGCUUCCAGCAUCCACAGCUCACACACCUUUCUGUUCCACACAGGACCUGGCACUGGGCUCCGGGCCGCCCCUGCCCCUGGUCUGUCAGUGUUGCUCAAACUAGAAACCGAAGCCAUGCUGGAAGACAGACAGAGCUGCUGACCUAAGCCCAAAGCCAAGCCAUUGUGGACAGUGCUGUGUGGACAUGGGUUGUCUUUUCACUUUCUUGCUAAUGUCCUUGGAUGAUCCACAACUUUUCCAGAGCAGGCCGUGUUCCUCCUCACUGUGCAGGGCCAGACGUGCCCAGGACAGCUGCGCCUCCAGGCACUGUGGACCAAUGCAGGGCCUGGGGCCUCCUUGGCAUUUGCUGAAUUUAAUUGAGAAGAAGACAAAGGUAUGUACCAAGGCACCGGGCGCCAUGGUAAGGCACCACGCACUUUCCACGGUGUCCACAGGUACCCUAGGGACAGAGGGGCACGGUUGCAAAGGCUUGAGUGCCUGGAGAGCGAGGAGCUUCCUGUGGAGCAGACUGAGCACAGGCCUCCAACUACAGAAGCAGAAAGAGCCCAGGGGCCCAGCCGCGGGCUCGGAAACCCAUCACUGGCUUCCACCUGUCCUUGGAGGCUGUGCUUCCUACGGCAGCCAGGAUACUGAGGCAGUGUCCCUCCUGGGAAAUGGGGAAUUCCUCUGACAGACGCUGUUGGCUUGAGAGCUAUCUGAUGGCCCCUCAGAAACGUUCUUAGACUACGGAGUGGUCCGGAGACAUUCCCCAACCCUCGCCCCCCUGUCUCCUUCACUCGGUCUGACUUGCAUCUAGCCUGGUGGCUCUCCCAGGCUUACCUGGCUCUCCCAUUCUUAGAGGUAUUUCCCCUUACAGUGCUUGCGUAUUUCUCAGGUCUUGGUAUCUGCUUCUCUGAGGACCUGGACUAACACAGUGAGCCUUGCAUCUGACCUAAGCCUUGGCAGACACAGGGAGGAAGCCUCAUAUGCUGACUCUCAAAGCCGGAAAGGGAUCUUGAACCCUGUGGCAAGUCAGUCAAUGUCUGCUGUUUCCCACUCCUGGGCAGUAACCACAUGAAUGGCCAGUGUCUACUGUAGAGUGACAAUUAAAAAUUCCUUAGACAUGCCCAAGAAAAAUGUGAUAGAAAAUAACAAGCUUGCUCUGAUAUUAGGGCAGGAAAAGGAUGGAUACAGAGUUUAUUGAUACAGAGUUAUUCUGCUAAUUAUCCAGAUCUCUGCUUUUUCUUUUUUUCUCUUUUUUUUU